GACAACGUAUUGUCGGAUUGACAAUAUCUCUAUACUGUGUAAAACUAAUAACCAAAAAUAAUAUGUUUAAACUCUGCGUAAAAAUUCCGUACAUCAAUUUAGUAAGCUGCACUAUCAAACAAAAGCCAUUUUAAAAUUAUUCAAUUUACGCGUCUAUAUACGCGUCUAUUGUACACGGUCGUACAAUGAAGAUCAAUGUCUUGUGUCUUUUAUCCGCGCUGCUAGUUAGUUCUAUAAAUGUCGUUUCGGGUCAUCAAUGUCUUGUUUUACAGCCUAUGGAAGGUUUCGAAAUGAAAUAUUUUUUUGCAUCAUGGUACGCCCUUAAAACGACGAUGCCAUUUACGCGAUGCGUAGUGUAUGAUGUAUUCAGAAAGAAUACUACAAUUUUAAUGAAUAAUAUCAAUUACCAAAAUUAUAUUGGAUUUUUGGAAGCCAAUCCAAAAUUACCAUCACAAAUGACUUUUGCUGAACCUACAAAGGAUUAUUCAAAUCCUGAAUUUACGAAAUCAUCUUUUGUUGUGUUGAACACCGACUAUGUAACCUACGCGACAGUAUUCAUGUGCAUAAAAAAGCAAUAUGGCACUGGCUUCAAACAUUUUGUAUCCAUUUUAUCCAGAACAGAUGCCUUAGACAGUGAACUCCUAAAUAGUUUGGUCUUAAAUAUAAUUUCGUUAAAUAUUGGAAAACUCAACCACGUUGACCAAAAGGACUGUAACUAUUGGACUCUCGUCGAAGAUGGUUAUGAUACGAAUGUCUUUGACAACGAGGAAGAUGGACCACCCUACGUUUCUAUCAAAUGGUUGGAAGAACCUGCACCACAGCUUGCACCACAGCCUGCGCCACAGCAAGACGUUUAAGUUGAUUAAAUACGAAUAAAUUCGAAAGAUUUAUAGUUCGACAAUAUAAAGCUUACCCUGUUGCUAACCCUCAUUUAAAUUUUAGCAAUGUUUAAUGUAAGCUAUACAAAAUGUUCUCAUAAAAUCUUUUACUAUUAAUUAUAAUUUACACUCAAUUCAAAAUCAACGAUACUACAAACAUUUUAAAUUCUCAAUUCUGUUUGUUUAAUUGAUGAUCUUUAGCUUAGUAUAAAUGUAUUUAUUAUGCUUGUUUAAUAAAUAUAAACUGUA